AUGUUAAGUAAUGAAAAUAGUAAUAAAUAUGAUAAUGUUUCUAGUAAUAAAUAUGAAUAUGACAAUAAUACUGGCUAUGAAUAUGAUAAUUAUACUGUAACUGACAGUGUAAUGACUGAAAGUAGAUCUGUUAAUGAAGUUAAUAGACCUCAACCGUGUGGUCAUUUAAUAGGAUCAAUGGAUAGUUCAGCAG